AUGUCUCUGAAACGAAAGUUGUCCGACUUCGAUCCUGUCGCAGGAGAGUCCGCCGGUGUCUUCGAUCUCGACCUACUGUUUCACACCCCUGAAGAAGAAUUAGCAUCAACUCCGCUGCCAGCGCGCAAGAUUUCCCGGCACAACAGCAAUCACCGCGACUCGUCAUGGCGUCUCAUGGGAGACAAAGCAGUCCCUCUGUCACUGCCAUUGGCUAACAUGGUCAGCGCUGUGCAGGAGCUCAUUGACCCGGGAUUCAUCCCAAUGCUGGAGGAGCUGGAUGAAGAAGCCUCAACGCGCUUUUUGAAGCCUAUCCCGUCUCAUAUAUCCCCCGAAGAUGUUGAUUAUCUUAGGUCAAAGGGAGCCCUCACCAUACCUGAUCGUCCUCUUCGAAACGAGCUGUUGCGCGCAUAUGUGCAAUGGGUCUAUAAUUUUAUGCCCUUUCUGGACCUACACAGUUUUCUGCAAGCUAUUGCAGAAAAUGAUGUCAAUGUCAAGAUCAGUCUUUUCCUUUUCCAAGCGGUCAUGUUCGCAGGAACAGCGUUCGUGGAUAUAGAGCAUCUGAAGGCUGCUGGGUUCGCAAAUAGGAGAGAGGCUCGGAAGGCAUUUUCUACGAGGGCAAGGUUACUAUUUUCGUUUGAUUACGAGGACAACCGUAUUGCGAUUCUUCAGGGCCUUCUGCUUUUGACUUACCAUCAUGAGAGAGACCGCGGGUUGCAAAAGGAUAUUUGGUAUUGGGUCGGAGUGUGCAACACCCAAGCACAGUCAAUCGGCCUAAACCGUGAUCCGACAAAAUCAGAUAUACAUCCAGAUAUGCAAAGAUUACGGAUACGGCUUUGGUGGUGCCUCUAUUCUCGUGAUCGAUUAGUGGCAUUGGCUUUGAGACGGCCGACUCAAAUAAAUGAGGGUAUCUGCGACGUGCCACUCUUGCGGAUCACUGAUUUUAAACUUAAACCAUUCCCUCCUGCCGUAACCAGAAUGCUUGGUUGUGAACAUAUAGGAGAUAUAUCACACCAGAAACGUUUAGCGAUAAUGUUCAUCGAGAAAGUCAAAUUAUGCCAAUGUUUAGGAAGAGUGCUCUCUGCACAAUACGUUCCUUCGAAUUGUGCCUUUGGGGCAGCCGAGAAAACAACAGUCACACUGGUUCCUCGACAAGCUUCAGAUGCAGAACUCGAGCGCUGCAGCCAAAAACUGGAUGCCUGGGUAAGCAAUCUGCCAAGGGAAGCUACUUUCAGGUCAUCUCCGGGACUGCAGCUUGGGGACGGAGAAAAUGUUCUUCUCCUUCAUUCGUCAAUGCUGCGAAUGAUAUAUCACGCCACAUGCACUGCCUUAUACCGACCACGAGCCUCCUUUUCUACCGCGAAGUCGGCGACAAAAAUGCUUAAUACAGCAAGACAGAAGAUGCGAGACGCCGCAUUGGAUACAGCAGGUAUUGUACAUGGACUCAAUCGCCUUGGUCUGACAAAGUUUCUGCCUGCAUCGAGUCUAACUGUCGUCACACCCGCGGCUGUGGUGCAUUUGACAAACUUGACCUCGACAAAUCAAAAUGUUCGCGACGAAAGCGCAUGGAACUUCCGCCAGUGCGUUGACGUGCUCAAUGGUCUGAAGGAUAUCUAUCCUGCCGCAGACUACGAGACUGCCUGUCUGCAAAAGGCUGCACAGAUACAAUACGGGCAGGCCUCGAAUCAAAACUCUGUCCUUGUCAUGGCAAACAGUAUCCCAGAUCUGGCUAAUAAUUAUGAAUCAGGUCGAAAUAAUUUGUCGAAUAAUAAUAGGAUUGUUGUUGAACUUGAUGAGGACGGCUUGGAGGACGCUGACCUGUCGUCAUCUUUCCCCAUAGAGGAUGGGCAGCAAAUUAUACCUCAAAUGACCCCUUCUGGAAGUUGGAAUCGGGAUAUAUUUAAAGAAUGGAUUGUGGAUUCGGACGAUGGGAGAAACAGCCUUGAGCCUCAUCAACGAGGCAGCAGCCAGGUUUUUUCCCUGCCAGAGGCUAUUGCGAAUGAGCCUUUCGAUGAUGGUAUGGAUGUGUCACCCGAGUUUAUAUCUUUGUUUGAACCUCAUCAACUGUAUACUUCACCACUAAGAAGAGAAGUUAUUACGGGGGAUUUGGAGAAGGAUUUAGGAUUUUCAUAA